AUGGCCGUGUUAGCUGCGAGCAUUUGCACCCGAGGCGGCAAACCGUUGUUGUCCCGGCAGUUUCGUGAUGUGUCUCAGGACCGUAUCACAUCAUUGUUGGCCAACUUCCCUGCCCUCAUCCUGGAUGCGCUGUCUCAACACACCACUGUUGAAGAUGACGAGGUGCGCUACGUUUACCAACCCAUCGAGGAGUUAUAUGUGGUGUUGAUUACGUCGAAGAACUCCAAUAUCCUUGCCGACAUUGACACUCUCCACUUGUUCGUGCUGACGGUGCUGACGAUGUUGCGUCAAGUGGACGAUCGUGAGGUGUUCGACAAUGCCUUCGAGUUAAUCUCCGCUUUCGAUGAAAUUGUCAAUUUGGGCUUUAAGGAAAACUUGACGCUCAGCCAAGUGCAACAGUUCCUCGAAAUGGACUCCCAUGAAGAAAAGAUCCAGGAGAUCAUCGAGCGUAACAAAGAGUUGGAAGCCGCCGAAGAACGUAAACGCAAGGCUAAAGAAAUCCAACGUCGUGAAUUGGCUAAGCGAUCUACUGAACUGCAAAUGGCUGGCAUUCUGGGCGCCUAUGGCGGAUACUCUAGUCCCGCACCCACUUACCAAUCUGCUCCCAUUGUCGAGCCCAUGACUCUGGAACAGCCCACAACUUCUAAAUUUGGUUCUAAAAUCGCUCGCGGACCUUCCAAGGGUGGGUUGCAAUUGGGCAAGAAAAAUGGUCGCUCUUUGGCUCUGCUGGCCCCUGCUGCUCCUGAUGCACAACCUUUGUUGCUGGCGUCCCAGCCAGUACCCAGACACCAGCAAGCUGCUCCUUCUCUGCCAGUGACCCCGCUGACUCCCAAGAUCGCCAACGAGGGCAUUUUGCUCACCAUCAACGAAAAAAUUUCCGCUCAGUUGAGCAGAGAAGGUCUGGUCGACCAGGUCGAAAUCAAGGGUGACUUACAGUUGCGCAUCAACAAUCCGGAGUACUCACAUGCUAAGAUCUUGUUGAAGACUGACCCUAAAGUUCAAUACAAAACCCACCCCAAUGUCAACAAGCAGUUGUUUGCAAAGGAACAAGUCAUCUCUUCCAAGGAAUUUCCCUCAAAUGACCGUUCGAUCGGUGUUUUGAGAUGGAGAGUUGUUGGUAAGGACGACCUGUCUGAUCUUGUACCUUUAUUGGUUACCGCAUGGGUGAGCGUCGAUGACAAUAUCGCUCAUAUUACCUUGGAAUAUGAGGUACCUUCACAAUUUGCGGAAAGUUUGUUGCAAUCACUGUCCUUGGACGCCGCUAUUCAAGUACCUGUGGCUGGCGAUGUUAACCUCGAAUCAGAAGACUCCAGAGUAUCUUAUGAGGUCUCGACUGAAGGGGUCAAGUUUACCUUGCCCACAAUUGACGUUGAUCAUUUGUCUGGUCUGUUUGAAUUCAGUCUCAGUAAUGUGAGCGAUGAGGACCAGGUGUUCCCGAUGCUGGUAGACUUGGCUGUGAAUAAUACUGCGGCCGUUGAACUGGAUCAGUCGCUUGGCAAGUUGUCAGUAGUUGAUGUGGUCACCAACAACGAAGAUGAAGAGCUGUUGCCGUUUGAUUUGCAUGUUCACGUGCAACUGGAAAACUACCAUAUUAACUAG